UAUUGGCUUUAGCUUAUUAGUUAUUACUUAUUUAUAUUUUGUUGUCUUCCUCUCUUGUUUCUCGUGACUAGUUGUGUACUUGAGUUUUUGUGUGCAUUCCUAAGUCAAGUCUCAACAUUACGUACGUAAUUACUGGGUAGUCGAUUGUAUUGUUGACUUUUGAACCUUCUAUUGGCGUAGUCCAUUUUUUUCAAUUUUAUUAAAUAUAUUUUAUUAUAACUUUAAUUGAUAAAUAGACAAAUAUAAUAAAGUGGUGAUUUCAGUCUUAAAAUGAAUAUGUUGUAAGUAAAAAAGCGAAAUCACUGGUUUAUAAAAUAGAUGGAAAUGGCUGAAUAUGAAUUACGGCAGAGGAAAAAAGAAGAUGAUGGAGAAAUUAAUCUCCAAGAGGAUAAAGAAGAAAUCAAAUCUGCUGAACAGGAUAAAGUUCAUUCUGAAAACAAACCAGAACCAAUUGAUGAUUGUACUCAGUCAUGUGUUGUGACAAAUACUAUGCCACAUUUGGUUAGGCGUUACAGGCCAGUUCAUAAGAUAUAUAAUGCUUAUCAAAAUUUACGAAAAUUAAAAGGUCCUAAACAUUGGUAUGCAGGCUCAAAUUAUUUCAGUAAUCAAGCCUCAUUCAAUUUCCGAACAAAUAAUUAUCGUAGGUCCAAAAAAGAAGAUUUUGAUUCUGAAGAUGAUAAAAAUAUAGAUCUCUCGGCAAAAAUACCAUCUGGUACUAAUAAAAUGCCACAAAUAUUAGAAACAUUAUUAAGUGGAAUAUCAGAAAGAUGGAGAAAUUGGAUAAUUAGAGGUAUAUUUGGAUGGCUUAUGAUUGGUCUUUUUUGUCUCUUAUGUUAUGGAGGACCUCUUGCUUUAAUGAUAGCUGUUUUAGUUGUCCAGGUUAAAUGUUUUGAAGAGAUAAUUAACAUUGGUUACUCGGUUUAUCGUAUUCAUGGGCUGCCUUGGUUUCGUUCUUUAUCAUGGUAUUUUUUGAUGGCAUCUAACUAUUUUUUUUAUGGUGAAAGUCUUGUAGACAUAUUUGCAGUAGUAGUUAAUAGAACAGAAUAUUUGAAAAUGCUAAUAACUUAUCACCGGUUUGUUUCAUUCAGUCUAUAUAUUGCUGGUCUAGUAUGGUUUGUAUUGUCAUUGGUGCGAAAAUACUACAUGAAACAGUUCUCAUUAUUUGCUUGGACUCAUGUGUGUCUCUUGAUUGUUGUAUCUCAAAGUUAUUUUAUUAUUCGAAAUAUAUUUGAAGGACUAAUAUGGUUCAUUGUACCAGUGUCAAUGAUAAUACUUAAUGAUAUUUGGGCUUACGUCUUUGGGUUUUUUUUUGGACGAACACCACUUAUACAAGUAUCACCAAAAAAAACAUGGGAAGGAUUUAUCGGUGGUGGUGUUGCAACUGUAAUUUGUGGUAUAAUAAUAUCAUAUUUUCUAUGUCAAUAUCCAUAUUUUGUAUGUCCAGUUGAAUACAGUGAAAAGUUUGGUAAAAUGAUUAUUGAUUGUGAACCUUCUCCUUUGUUUACUCUACAUGAAUAUGUUCUGCCAGAAUUUAUUGCACGUGCUAUGAGUGUGUUUGGAGGUUCCAACAAAAUCACUAUUUAUCCUUUUGUUAUUCAUGCUUUUUGGAUGUCAUUGUUCAGCUCCAUUAUUGGGCCAUUUGGUGGAUUCUUUGCUAGUGGAUUUAAACGAGCAUUUAAAAUUAAAGAUUUUGGAGAUGUGAUUCCAGGACAUGGAGGUAUUAUGGAUCGUUUUGACUGUCAAUAUCUUAUGGCCACAUUUGUUAAUGUUUACAUUUACAGUUUUGUGAGCACUCCUACCUUACAAAAGACAGUUCAACAGGUAAUAAACUUACGACCCGAAGAACAGUUACAAUUAUUUUACGUUCUCAAAGGAUCAUUGGAAAACCGGGGAAUUCUCAAUGUGCAAUAAAUAUAAAAUAUUCAUAGUUAACCAGCAACCUUUACAUUCCUUCUUUCAAAUACAAUAUUAACUUAAAACAUAAUUGUUUUUGGAGAGUUAUGUUUCAUUUGCUUUGUGUUCUUGAUAUGUACUUAUUAUAACAUUUUUUGGUUUUUUUGAUAUAUUUUAUCAAAUAGACUUUUCUGUUACAAUUGCAGAUACUUUUGUAUAAAAAUCGGUAUGUUAUUUAAUUUAUUUAGUUUAAGUUUGUUUGGUUAUUUUCAAUGUUUUAAUUUUUAACUGAAUUUAUUGAUUUUGUAAAACACUAAACAUCACAUUCUAUAUCGAUCAGUAUGA